ACCGGAAAACGUAGCUUAGAAGUCUCAUUACCUAGUUUACCCGUGACUAAGUAUAAAUGAUGAUAAAAAUCUGAAUCUGAAUUGUCAGAGAUGAUAAAUCGUUUCUUUAAAUCAUUUUCAAGUUAAAUAAAAAACUUUCAAUACUAUACACCAGACAUUUGUGUGCUCUCAAUCACUAUGUAUGUUGUUCGCAAAAACAUUUCGUAAGAUAUAUGGGUUAUGGGGUCAAUUUUCUUCUGAAUAUCAAAAGUGUCAGAGUAUUCUAACAUAAGGUGCGGCAACGAGAAAUUCCACGGAACACACGAACAUGAUAAAUUGUCAUUUCUUAACGCAAUGAAAAUUGUUUGGUUUUACUUUUUAAUUUUUUUCAUUUUCUAUACAUCCUACGGCAUUCAGAACAAUGGUCACCUUGCUAGAUUAUUUGAAUAUCAAAAUCGGAUGAAUCAAAGACGAUCUAAAGGGACAAGUCUCCAGCCCAAGAUAUGUUUUGAAUUUGUAGGAUGUUUUGCUGAUUCACCACAACGUUUAUCAUUCAAAAGAUUACCAGAGCAUCCAAAAACAAUUCAGACGAAAUUUGUUCUUUACACCAGAGCAAAUCGGGCUAAAAAUAAGGAACCAGAAAUGUUAUACUAUGAUGAUAAUUCAAGUUCCAUGAUUAACUCGCUUUUUAACUCUUCUAAGGCUCUUAAGGUCAUAAUUCAUGGUUUCAAAGGUAGUGGAAAAGAUAUUGGCGUUGUUACUGCAGCCAACUUGUUGCUUGACCUGGAAGAUAUAAAUGUUAUCAUAUUGGAUUGGACCAGAGGUGCUGGGACAACUUAUCAAAUAGCUGUAGCAAAUACUGAACUCGUUGGUCGUCAGUUAGCUGUAGUUUUGCUGGGGGCUAUUAAUUUAGGAACAAAAGUAAAAGACAUUCAUGUCAUUGGAUUCAGUCUUGGAGCACACGUGGCAGGAUGUGCAUCUGAAGUACUCAAGACUAAAAAGCUCUUGAUUGGUCGCAUAACGGGACUGGAUCCAGCUUCUCCAUUCUUUCGUCGACAUGUAUUACGAGAAAGAUCACAAAAGUUGGAUUCCUCUGAUGCCAAUCUUGUUGAUGUCAUUCACACUGAUGGAGCUGAAGAUUUUACUGAAGGUUUUGGACUUCUUAAGCCUAUUGGACAUAUUGAUUUUUUCCCAAAUGGGGGAGUUCAACAGCCUGGAUGCAAUGAUAUAAAAAAUUCGAUUGUGUACAGUCAUUUUCACGAAGAUAUUUUGGAUAGAAGUAUUGCAUGUAGCCAUGCUCGGGCUUGGGAUCUUUUUGUAGAAAGUUUACAAAGUCAAUUUGGAGAAUGCAAGUUUAUUGCUUGGCCGUGUACUCAAAGAGAUACUUCAUUUGAACAAGGCACUUGUUUUCCACCAGAAAAUUUAAAAUUUUCCCAAGAAAUGGGCUAUGCUGCAGAUGGUGGUCCUUUGGGAAUUUUUUAUCUUCCAACGAGAGCUGAAUAUCCUUUUUGUGGCGAUCCUUUAAGAGCAUCAGUAGUUGUUGCUAAAAGUGUUCUGAAAACAUUAGGCUGGCUAUUUAUAAAAAUUCAACAUAAGAAUGAAUCAAUUGUAUUUAACAUAUUAUGCAACCUAAAAAAUCGUUUCAAUAAGCCAUCGAUGUUUUAUAAUAUUGCUGCAGCUAAAUUUAAUUCAAUAACAGCGGAAACAACGUCAAUUGAAGCUUUGGUGUGGUAUCAACCAACAACUAGAGAGCAGGAAGAAGCCUCUACUCAACGUUCUCGACAAGAAGUAUUAGUAAUUGACAAACUUUCAAUUGAAGAUCGUAAAGAGAACAGAUGGGAAUUUUGCAGCAACAAUUUCUCAAUUAAUCUUGAUGGAAAGUCAGUAAAAUUUGAAAAAUAUGUCGAUGGAUAAAAUAUAAUUUUUUUAUUUAAAUCAUUGUAUAGUUAGUUGGUAAUCAAAACAUUUAAUAAAAAUUAAACAAAUUGAU